UUUUUCCCAUUGACAAAAUUGGGGAGUUGUAGCCCAAAAAUUUUCAAGAAAAAAAAUUGUUUCUCUUUUCUCCCAAGAACCUUUUCUUUAUAGUUUAUCCCCUCUUCUCUUUGGUCUACUCUUUACAUAUUUGUUCAUCAUUUGUUGUAUUUCCGGUCCUUCUGCCUCUUCUUUCAACUGGAGGCAAUGUCGCAAGGCUACGCUAUUGAGCUCUACUUUGAUCCUGCACUGGAAAACCAGGUGCUGAAAGCCUGGAAUGUAUUGGCUCGGCGCCAGAUUAGCACUCAGCUUAUGGAGAUUGAAUCUAGACCUCACAUUACCCUCUUCUCGAGUCCCUUUUUUGAUCCAUCAAAGCUUGAGAACAUUGUAAAGAAUUUUUCGUCCAAACAAGAAUCUUUGCCUCUGUCCUUUGGUUCAAUCGGAAGCCUCCCAAGUGAUGACAAUGUUCUAUUUCUUGCCCCAAUUGCAACUUUGUCUCUCCUUCAGUUCCACUCACAACUUUUUCAUGCUAUGAAAAAGGAGGGCAUUGAGAUUGCGGAGGAGCAUCGUCCUGAUACAUGGAUUCCUUAUUGCCCAGUAUCUGAUGAAGUGCCUAAAACUCGUAUGGGCGAGGCAUUCUCUGUUUUGAGGGAUCUGAAAUUACCUGUUGCUGGAUAUGCUAUGGAAAUUGCACUUGUUGAGUAUCCACCAGUUCGUGAAGCAUUUUCUUUUGUGCUUGGUAAUACAGUUGAACCAUGAGGCUUCAGACAUGUAAUUGUGUUGAUUUUAGUUUAGGCUUUUACUUUCCGGUUCCUACAUAGUUGCUGUUGUAGAACCUGAUAUAGAUGGUUAAGAGUGCCAUUAUUGUUGCUAAAUGGUAAUCUGCUUUGAUGAAAUAUUGAAGUCAUUUCUGAU